AGGGAUGAAGAAGAGGCAGAGCGUGCGGGCGGUGGUGGUGGUGUUGGUGCCGAUGGCGGUGCUGAUGGUGGUGAUGAUGGUGGUGAUAUCUCCACCUCCAUUGCCUUCCAUUGUGGCGCGCCUUGAUGCUCUGUCCUCCGCGGCGCCGGUGGUGAGUGGCGGUGUGGUGAAGCUGUGGCCCGGGGAUGACAACUGCUCCUGGGCUGAGGUGCGCUUCGGCGAGGGUCUGGCCGGCUCGUGGCUCCUGUCCUUCCCUCGCUCCGGCAACACCUGGACGCGCUACCUCCUGCAGGCCGCGACGGGGCUGUUCACUUCCUCCGUCUACAACUCCUACAGGCUGCGUGGGCUUGGGUUCCUUGGGGAGGGCGUGGCUGUCUGGCGCGGCUCCACACUCACCACCAAGACGCACUCCCUGCUGCCCCUGUCCCGCCACCCCCACUACCCCGUCGUGGCCAUCGUCAGGAGCCCCGCCAAAGCCAUCCUGUCCUACUGGCACUACACGCGAAGCCGCUGGGCCCCAGACAGGUUCAGUGCCUCCGAUAAUCAGGCCACUUACAGCACGCGAGGGUUCCACAGGUUCGUGCGGGACAAGCUUGCUAAAUGGCGCAGGACCUACAUGUUUGCCCUCACCAAUGCCACACGCCUCCACCUCCUCCACUACGAGCUGCUGAGGGAGGCGCCGCUGCUGCACCUUCAGGAACUGCUAACCUUUCUCGGGCACGCCACUCCCUCGCCGCGCCGUCAGGCCUGCCUUGAGCGCCAUCUGGAGGGCGUGGCUCGCGGCGCUCAGAGGCCAGAUCUGCCGUACACCUCUCGAGAGAUGAAGGCGCUGCAGGCGGCGGUGAAGGCGGUGGACAGGCUGGCUCGGCGGCGGGGACUUCGCGGCCUUCCAGACUACAGCCGCUACCACAACUAAGGGCUGCAGGAAGACUCGAGUGUCGGGGCUCAGCAAGGCGAGACACCGCUCCCCCUGCGUCACCGCCCCCUCCUGCGUCAGCCCCCAACGCUGCGUCAACGCCUCGCUUGACGCACACUCCCGCACCGUCACCACCGUCCCCAU